AAAUACUUGAUCUGCCAAUCGUUAGAUAAUCAGCUAGUCGUCUUCAACGUCUUCGCUGGAUUUAAACGCGUUCGCAAAAAGCUUUUUAGAGGACAGAUGGUCUCUGGCUACGCGUGCCAGCCAGAUAUGUCGCCAGAUAUGCGAUAUGUGAUUUCUGGAGAUGGUGAUGGAAAUUUGGUACUCUGGGAUUGGAAGACAACACGUCUGUUAACAAAAUGGAAGGCUCAUGACGGUGUGUGCAUUAACGCCGCUUGGUUACCACGCGAGACUUCCAAAAUCGUCACUUGUGGUUGGGACGGGCACAUAAAGUUGUGGGAUUAA